AUGAGCAGUACUAAGGAUAAAGAUAUGCCCGAGACGCAUGUUGAGGACGCAAGUCCUCACGUCCUACCACCGGAUGUCAACAAUGAGAUGUCCGUCAGUAUCUGGGAUACUAUCAAAGCCAAUCCAAAAACAAUCGGCUGGUGUUGUACACUGGCUUCAGGACCCAUGGUAUACGGAUUCGACCUGAUUAUUGUCAGCCAGGUUGUUGCCAUGCCCGCUUUUCAGAGGAGUUUUGGAACUCUUGUUGGCACGAAAUAUAUCAUCCCUUCCAUGUGGCUUGCUCUCUGGAAUUCCAUGAUCCAAGUUGGUGCCAUGGCUGGAGCUCUUGUGUCUGGUGGUAUAUCGGAUCGAUUCGGUCGAAGGACUACAUUUCUCUUCGGUGCCAUCGUGACAGCUAUCGCCACUGCCGUUAUUUACUUUUCCGAUUACCCCGCCAAUAGAGAAAGUAGACGAGUGAUGUUUCUCAUGGGCAAGAUCAUCGCUGGACUUGCAUUCGGAUUGAUCACACCCGCAUACCUAACCAUCAUAUCUGAAAUCUCACCCUCCCGGUUGCGAGGGCCUCUAGUGUCAUGCUUCACUUUCUUCACAGUCACUGCACAAUUAAUCGGUGUUGGUCUAGUUCGCUCUCAAGUCAAUGAUGUCAGCCCCUCUGCAUAUCAUAGAGUUUUUGCCAGUCAGUGGGCCCUUGCAGGUGUCGCAAUCAUUGCCGGAAUCUGUAUCCCAGAAAGUCCCAUCUACCUAAUCAAGCGCAACUACAUGGACAAAGCUCUGCGAUCAUACAAACGUCUCUACAGCCACGAUGACCCAGAAGCCAGGAUCGCAGCCCUACAGACCGUCGUUGAACAUGAGUUGAUGGCCGAGAAGAACCAAGAUUCCGUUUCCUACGUUCAAUGCUUCAAAGGAACCAACCUGCGUCGAACCCGUAUCGUCAUCUUCGCCAAUGUAGCGCAACAGCUCGUUGGCAUGACGUUCAUCAUCAACAUGACAUACUUUCUCCAACUCGGAGGAAUGGAUCCUGCACUCGCGGUCAACAUGAACUUGAUCAAGCUUGCUAUUGGAAUUGUUUUCUUGUUCGGUACCUUCUGGACAAUGACAUGGUUUGGACGCAGAACACUGAUGCUGGUGGGGUCAGCUGUUGCAGCCGUCUUCUGGGCCGCUGUUGGUAUCGCGGGUUUCUUUUCAAGUCCAGAAGCUCUUCUAUUCAUCGGUCUGGGCAUGAUCAUCGUCUAUGAAGCAUACGCCCUAUCUGUCGGCGCCGUCUACCCAGUCGUCGCCUCUGAAGCAUCUUCAGUCCGCCUCCGCGCUGUAUCAAACAGUAUCGGCUUCGUCAGCCAGUUCUUCGCGGCCUGGCUCUUCGGCUUCACAGUACCGUACAUGUUCGGUGCCGAUGCUGGCAACCUCGGCGGCAAGACCGGGUUCAUCUUUGCGGGGUUGAGUAUCAUUUGUGGUGUCGUCUCAUGGGUAGAUAUUCCUGAGACGAAGAAUCGUACGUAUGCUGAGCUGGAUGAGAUGUAUGAGAUGAACUUGCCAACGAGGCAGUUCAAGAAUUUUGUUUGCACUGGUAUUCAGGUGCCGCAUGUUAAGUCUGAAGAUGCUUAG